UGUGUUUUCCAAAGAUACUAGAGUAUUUUCUGUAGAGGUGGCAGCUAGCUGCUCGUUUUGCCCGCAGUUGCCAGAAGCUCAGUCGCUCCGGACUCGAGUUUGACCGCGGCCCCGGUGAAGCUGCGAGACCCAGACUCCGGCCCCUGUAACCCACCGACCCUGGAUCAUCGCGGGGGGACCUUGCCGGCUGAGAACACGACUUGAGGGGCGAGAGCAGCCCGCUGUGGGCUGGGUUGGGCUGCAUAAACGAUGUGCGAUCUGGAAUCCGUUAAGGAACCCGUGGAUUUCAGUGAAGAGCAUGGCAGAGGAAGAUGGUAGAAGCGUAUGAUUCCAGUGCCCAGGAUGCAAAUAUGGAUGGAGAAUGCCAACUUGGGUCCAAGCAGCAAAUGCCAUGCAUUUCCGCUCACUCAUUUACAAAGGUGUUGAAGUUUCACCGUGAAGUCUUGGUGGGACGUAUCACAAACACAGAGUGCGUGCUGAACAACCUGCUGAAACACAAGUACAUUUCACUCGAGGAAGCCGAGCUGUCACAGCAGCAGCCAACACAAGCAGCCAAGGUUCGACAAAUAUUGGAUCUAGUUCAGAGCAAGGGAGAAGAAACGGCAGAAUAUUUCUUACACAUUUUAUACCAAGCCAAUGAGAUUUACCCAGACCUAGCCCCAUGGCUAAAGGAAAUACAGUAUCAGCCGUCAGAACACAUACAGGCAAAAUCAGUCAUUAUUACGGACAAUGUCUUGCAGUACAUUCAGAAAAUCAGACAGGAUCUACGGCAAGACACAAGGUUUGUCACCUCAUAUGUCAGGAAGGAAGAUAUCUUAUUGGAUGAUACAUACACUGAUACUGUUAUGGAGGUAAUCAACGCAGUCAAUGAAAUUAAAGGGACCAUCACCGACUUGGAGGAUCUGUUCAGUGACGCUGAAAUCAUUAAUGAAGAUGCCAAAACCGUGUUUGUAACAGGUGACGCUGGAGUGGGAAAGACCAUUCUCCUCCAGAGAGUUCAGAACCUGUGGUCAAAGGGAGAGCUCCGUGCCGAUAUCAAGUUCUUCUUCAAGUUUAGAUGCAGAAUGUUCAACAGCUUCAAGGAGGAGGAUAAAAUCUCUCUGCGAGAUCUUCUGUUCAAGUACAACUGUUACCCUGAUAAAGACGCCGAUGAGAUAUUCAGUUACAUCCGACAGCAUCCGGCCACCGUUCUCUUCACACUGGACGGAUUCGAUGAACUUCACGUGGAUGACGACCUUAACGAUAUUCCUGAUAUCUCAUCGCCCUUCGAGCCCACACACCCUGUGGCCCUGUUGUUGAACCUUCUCCGCGGAAAACUGUUGAAGGGCUCCAUGAAAUUGUUGACAGCGAGGACAGGCACAGACUUGCCUUUGAGGAUGGUGAGAAAGAGAGUGGCACUGAAGGGCUUUUCCAAGGAACAUUUGCGGGGUUAUUUGAAGAAAUGUUUCAAAAACAAGGCCGAUCAAAGUCUAGUUGUGACCCAGCUGGAGGCCAACCCUCACCUGUGCAGUCUGUGUUCAGUGCCUUUGUUUUGUUGGAUUAUAGUUAAAUGCUACGAACAUUUCCAGUCCACAAGCAGCCCCCAGCGGCUCUUGGAUCACAUCACGUUAACCGACAUUUACCUGUUGAUGUUGGAGGUAUUCUUGAAUCAUUCUAUCAAGCGGGGACUAAACAAGCAAAGCAACAGUCAAAAGGAGACUUUCAAAGCAAAGAAAUGUGUGCUGAUGCGUUUGGGGAAAUUAGCAAGGAGAGGAAUUGAAAACAACAACUUCAUCUUCAGUCAGGAACAAAUGACCGAGGCCAACAUCUCUGAAGAAGAUUUGAAAUUGGGUUUCAUCAAAACUGCGUGCCAUUACGACGGAUGUGGGAACCAGUCCACAUACGAGUUUCUUCAUUUAACCCUACAGUCAUUUUUCACCGCUUUUGUCUUGGUUGUAGACGAGGAUAUCAGUGCCAGAGAAGCCAUUAAGUUUUUUGCCAAAUGUGACCGUCACAUGAAAGUCGAUUCUCUUUUGUUACGUUGCGUAGGGUAUAAUAUGAAUCACAGAAAGGAAACAUUUGAAACAAAUGAGCACCUGCAGUUCACCACUCUUUUCCUUUGUGGCCUCUUGUCCAAAGCUAAAAGGGACUUGUUCAAACAUUUGUCCUCCACGGGCGGUGUCCAAAGGAAGCGCUCGGCACUUAAGACCUACCUUGCCGAUCGCGUAAAGACACACUUAAAAAAUCUCCCUUCAUCGCCGUACCAAGGCUUUUGCAGAGUGCAAGUUUUGCCCCAGUUUAUAUGGCUGGCGCGCUACAUUUUUGAAACGCAGAGCGAAGCGGUGGCCAAUCUCGCAGCAAGAGGGAUUUGCGCUGAUUAUAUCAAACUCACGUUCUGCAACGCCUUCUCUGCUGACUGCAGUGCGAUUGCAAACAUCCUGCGCCAUCGUAAAACGUCGAUUGCUCUUGAAAUGGACAACAAUAAUAUCAACGACUAUGGAGUGAAAGAACUAAUUCCUUGCUUCCAUAAUCUCACAGUGGUCAGGUUGAGUGUAAACCAAGUCACGGACGAUGGAGUUAAAGUGCUGGCUGAAGAGCUCACAAAAUACAAAAUUAUAAGAUUUCUUGGCCUGUAUUGGAAUCAGAUCACUGAUGUUGGUGCCCAGGAUGUUGCCCGUAUCGUUGAAGAAUGUCCAAGUCUUCAUACACUGAAAAUUGGGCUCAACAAACUAACAAGUGAAGGAGGGAAAUUAUUAGCACAAGCAAUUAAGAAAAACAAGGGAUUCAGAGACAUUGGAAUGUGGGGGAACCAGAUUGGAGAUGUGGGUGCUGUUGCUUUUGCUGAUGCGUUAAGGAAUCACCCUUCAAUACAGGAAAUCAGUUUGGCAGCCAAUGGCAUUUCCACAGUGGGUGGCAAAAGCUUGGCAGAAGCGCUGAAAGACAACAGUUCUCUGGAGAUAUUUUGGCUGACAGAAAAUCGGUUGACCGAUGAAGCAGCGUUCAUGUUUGCCGAAGCAGUCAGGGUAAACAAAAAACUGCUUCACUUAUGGCUGAUAAACAACAAAAUCACAGCGGUAGGAGCAAACUAUCUCCUGGAGGCACUCAAUGAAAAUACAAUAAUUCAAGAGAUAUGCCUUAACGGCAAUGCCAUAUCUGCUGAAGAAGCCAAAGCAUUUGGAAAUGAAAAACGGUUGAUACUGUGAAUGCCUUUUCACAUGUACUGGAUUAAUGUUCUGGAGGUUUCAAGCGAAAUGACACAGGAAAAUCUUCAAGUCAUUGGCAAUUUUUUUAGGAACUUUUGAAGUUUGUGGAUGCGUUCAUAACUCUAAAGAGACAGUGUUUUCUACUUUUCCCAAGGCUUCAUUGCAGAGGCAUGAAUAGACAUAUGAAGCUGCCAAUGGGUAUUCUUCAUCAAUCAGUGAAUCAUAUGGUACGUGCAUCUCUCAUUUUACAUGGAGGUUACGUGCUUGAAAAGCAAAAUGUAAUACAAAAAUUCCCAAAUUAAAUAUAUAUGUGACGAU